AUGUCUCACAGUUCAUUCGGAAGUUCGUCAGGAUGCGAAUUUGCCCAUACAUCUCUCGGCUCGCCAACGCAUACUGCGCGGAAGAAUAUGCGUAAUUUGGAUGCAAAGAUUCGAAAAGGUAAGACGUCAGCACAUAAGAUCUUGCGAUCUGGAGAUAUCUGUGGGACCAUCGACUCGGGGUCGGAAUCUGGACACAUCCGUCUGGGUGUCUGGGUUCGAUCGUCAGCGGUGGACCCCCCACGCACGACAAAGGGAACGCCAAGUUUCAUCAGGGACACGCCGCCGCCACCAUCCUUGAACGCUUACGCCCUUGCCGCAAGCCACCACGCUCCCGGACCCGUUGGGACAUGUGCCUGCGAAGCGAUAAGGAUGCAGUGGAAUAAGCUGGCGCGCAGAUUGGACAGCACGGCGCACGCGAAAUUUGCUGUCAGACAGCAUCGGUCAGGGACACAAGGAAAAGACUGGCGCACCGUUUGCCCGACAGCGAACCAAACAACGCAAUGCACGCUUGUGCACGCACAACGUGCGGCGGCAAUCUUUUUCGAGACAGUUUCCCUUCCCAACGCCGAGCGUGGACGGUCCCACCCAAAUCCCAGCAUUGACAUUGCGGCACUCUGCGCUGCUUCCGCGACUUUCAUUUGCAGCGACCCAGUUUUCUUAUCAGACCGUCGCUCCGAUCCUGGCUAG